AUGUCGGCCUUGCUGAAUCUUGAUGCGAUCAUGCCAGCUGAUGUCAAUGACAACGAUAUCAAAUGUGACACUAUUCUAGCUCCCUCCAGUCAGCCAACCCAGAUGUCUUUGAUGAAAUUCAAAAUCCAGAUGUUCCAGCUCUCCACCAAAAUUUGCCGUCAUCUAGCAAGUCAGUCCAAGGAAGACGAAGCCACUCUCAGCAUUUUCGACCGUCAGGUUGCAGGGGAGCAAAGUCAAUGGGAUGCUAUUUAUCUUCUGGAUGGAUCUCCAAAUCUCUUAGAUUCAUCGGGGUAUGCACACUGGUGCAUUUUGCAGCUGUACGCCCACCAUUUAUAUUUACUUCUUCACCGCCCAUUCUGCAAACCACGCAGUUCACAGUUUCGGUCGGCUUCUAGAGCAAAGUGUAUCGUCUCAGGUAAAGCUCUACUUGAUGUGCAUCAUCAGUUUUGUGACCUCCCGCGUUUGCGACACUACCGAUGGCUAGUAGCGGGAUUGACGAGUUUUUAUGCUAUUCACGGAGCCAUGGCAAUAGCAUCGUGUCUGCUAGACGAGGCAGAAAAUCUUGAACUUUCUCCCUACCGUGCUGAGUUUGACGCAGCGGUUGAGCGCAUUGACAAGCUUCGGGGGAGCAGCCAAAUCUGUGCCCAAGCAUAUCCCAUCCUCAAUCAUCUUCAGUAG